UGAAGAACGACUCCAUCAAUUAAAAAGACAAUUUACAUUUAUCUUUUUCAAAAUAGAUGUGUAUUUUAGAAGUUAAUUUAAUAUUUAAAUCAAGAGCACGGAAAAAUGCAAGUCCCUUUGCCAUACUAAAAAUGGAUAACCCAACUUUCCUUUGUAUAAAACCACAUGAGCAGGGGCUAUCAUCAGGAAAAAGACUCCAUUGUAGGAGAGCAUUUAGAUUCCUUUACAUGAAGUAAGGAGAGAAUGAUGACAGUGAAAGUUCCACACAUGAUGAAAUUUACUAAGCAGAAUUUUUUUUUUUUAGUUGGUGGAAUGAUAAUUUAUGUAGUUGAUAUUGGAGUGGACUUUUGGGUAGCUAGUAGAUAUUUCUGUCAAGGACAAUAUUCUUGGAGUAUAUUGAUACUGUGUUUUAGAGGUCUUUCAUCAUUAAUAACUCAGAUAUUUAGUUAUGAGUGGUUUAAAAAUGACUGGGAAGGUACUGAUACUGGGAAGCUGAAACUGGUUUUUCUAGUUCAUCUCUUUCAGUGUGGAAUUUUUAUAAGGUAUUGGUUUGCUUUAAAAUAUGGCUGCCAAGCUGCUUUUAAACAAACAAGCAGCAGAGAUGCAUCAGAAGCAGACCCUUCCAUCUUCAUUCAAAAACAAGCUAUUGAUGCAGUGACUGAUAUUAACAUGCUCAGGGUGUUCAAGACUUUUCUUAAGAUCAUACCACAACUUCUUCUUCAGAUUUACAUCCUCAUGGAGCACGACAAAACUCAUUUCUAUCAAUAUGCUGCCAUUAUUAUGUCUUUUUGUGGUAUCUCCUUAUCAAUGGUUGAUUAUCAGGUAUCGCUACGAAAAUCUCUGCCUGAAAAAGAUGAAUUUCGUGUGCUAUCCAAGUUCAUGUAUGUCUUCUAUAAAUUGCUUACCAUCACUUCUUGGAUACUCAGUAUUUCAUUGAUCACUCUACUAAGCGUCAGAAUUUCUGUAAUUCUGCUGAUAUUUCUUUGGAUCUGUGGCUUCACUUGGACUUUGAAACAGCAUACAACAUUUUGCAAAUCUGCGAAGAUGGAAUAUCUGUACAGAACUGUAGUUGGAAUCACUCUAAUUUUUUCAUUUUUUAACAUAAAGGGGAGAAGAACAAAAGUUUGCAUUUCUAUUUAUUAUGCUACUCACACUGUAGUAACUCUAAGUAUUUUGUUUGUAUAUAUGUUCUGGAAACCUUCCAUUAUCGAAGAAAUAUGUUUUACAAUUGUGGGCAUCUUAACUAUUUUGAGUCUGGUGUUAGGUAUUAUUUUUCUUGUUGUUUAUUACAGCCAUUUGCAUCCCACUGCUUAUUGCAGACCUCAGGCAUGUUCAGAUGAAGUUGACAGAGUGGCAGGGCAAAAAGAUAGCAUGAAAACUGGUAGAUUUCAAAAUUUCUUAAUGCAAUGA